GGGGCCGGCAACGUUGAUGAUAUAACCAGAGAAUACACUUACUGCCAUGAAGAAUAUGUUAAUCUUCUAUGUCACCUGUGCUCUACUUGUUGGUGCCCACAUAGUAUCAUCAGUAUAUACAGUAGAAGGUCACAUUGGGGGAAAUGCUGUGAUUGAGUGUCCAUACCCAUCAGACUGCGAACAGCGCCAGAAGUAUGUCUGCCGUGGCGACUGCCGCAAAAAAGACAUCCUGGUGCAGACCGCAGAUGGCCAGGUCUGGACUGAAACGGGCAGAUUCUCUCUCCGUGACAACACCACAGCCAGAGUCUUCACCGUCACCAUCACUGGACUGACAGCUAAGGAUUCUGGGAAGUACUGGUGUGCCGUGCAGUUUCCCUGGUAUCGUAGCGAUCUCUAUACAGAGCUCAGGAUUGACGUUGGGCCAGCACCUGUGACGACUCUCAGUCCUGUGAUAAUCACAGAGGUCUCCACUGUCUCCACUCCACUACAAACAUUCUCAACUGAUCUUGUAACUACAGGUAAAAACAUAUCGAGUGUACCACCGCUGGUGAGAAGGAGUCCAACAACAAACAUCACUGGUGUUGUGUGUGGUGUUGCCGCCGUAGUGAUUGUUGUCCUGCUGAGCAUGCUGGGAGUUUUGCUCUAUUUUAAAAAAGCAGACAAAAGAACAGAGACUACAGAUGUUGUAUUCUUGAAUACAAAUGGCUGCUCCAGUUCCAACAUCUACUCAGAGACAGGGGUUUUUGCAGAGGAACUGAGCCACGGUGGUCCACCAGUCAUCCAACAGCAUCAGAACCCCAUCACCACGUCGUCCUCCACCACCACCACCACUUCCCCUUCCUCCUCCACUCUCUCUUCUGCUCCACCCCAGUCAGAGCAGAUCUAUGAGCUGCCUGAGUCGCUGUACCAGAGAAUGGCUCCGGUUGCCCGUGUGGCGGCUACCGUGCCCAGAGACAACAGUCUGUCUGCCAGGACCGCGGAUGGAGCAGAGUACAUGACGAUGAAGGACUGCAGAGUAUAUGACGAUGAAGGACUGCAGAGUAUAUGACGAUGAAGGACUGCAGAGUUUAUGACAAUGAAGGACUGCAGAGUACAUGACGAUGAAGGACUGCAGAUGUAGCGGACGGGAUUCACGUCCGCUUUAGUAGGGGUUUUGACUUUCCCUGGAUGACUGGAGAUUAGAGGAUCUGUGUCCCUAACCCCCAAACCAAUUCG